GUGCGCGAGAGUCGUCGCGUCUUACGUCUUGUGUCACAUAUUUUAUAAAUUCGUCUACAACUUUAUAAUUCUCGAGUCAUCCACCGUUCGAUUAUCGAUAGCAACUUUACGUCAGAUUUAGGUAUACUAGUUAUAAUAUUAUCAUAUAAUAUAGUGUCAUGAUAUCUCCAUUGUUAUCGUUGUCGGAUCACUGUUGUCUUGAUAGCAACCGCCGGAAGUAACGCCCGGAAACUCACUCGAACAUGGACAAUAAUAAUACUGUCGUUGUUCCGGCCGUCGCCCGUCGCCGCUAUCGCCGCCGUGUCAUCAACUACGCAGGUAUGGCGACCACCGGCUAGCGAUGGUGCCCACGUCGGUAUUGGUGUUCUGCGGCCUGUUGUCGGUCGUCUCCGUGGACCCGGCAUGGUCCGCCAGCGGCCCGGUCAUUCAGCAAUGUCCCACGCACGGCGAAAUUGCACCGUGUGUGUGCACGGUGAAGAAAAACGGUGGUCUGGACAUACUGUGCGAGUUUACCGAUCUGCAGCACAUAUCCAAGACAAUGGCUGUACUCAAAGGCAAACCUUCGCUGGUCAUAUUCUACCUGAAACUCCGGCACAACAACCUGCCCAAGUUGCAGGGUUUCGUGUUCCUGGGCAUGGACAUCCGGCAUCUGACUAUACACAACAGCACCCUAGCCGUGGUCGAAGAGUCGUCACUGAGCUCUAUCGGAAAAGCUCUCACCCAAUUAGAUCUGUCUCAGAAUUCGUUAAGCAGCGUACCAACUCCAGCGUUGAAGAGCUUAGAUCGAUUGCUGAUAUUUAAUUUGAACCAUAACAAAAUCAGCGCUAUCCACGCAAAUGCUUUCGAGGGAAUGAGCACGCUGGAGAUAUUAACAUUGUACGAAAAUAGGCUUACCAACAUCGAGGCCAAUGCGUUUGCCGGCACAGAGAAAAAACUGAAACGAUUGAACAUUGGUGGUAACGAACUGAGCCGGGUACCGACCGGAGCCCUACAGACAAUGGAUAACUUAAAGAAAUUGGAAAUUCAAGAAAACAAGAUUACGUCGAUCAGCGAAGGCGAUUUCAUAGGUUUACAAACAUUAGAUAUGCUGAUCCUAGCACACAAUUACCUCAAACACAUACCUGCCAAAGUAUUUCGACAUUUACCUCUAUUGAAUUCGUUGGAGUUAGACGGAAAUCAAAUAUCGAGUAUUGACGAAGAGGCUUUUUUCGGUUUGGAAGAAAAUCUUCAAUAUUUGAGAUUGGGUGACAACAACUUGCAUACAAUACCAAGCGAAUCGCUCCGUCGUUUGCACAGACUUCGACACUUGGACCUUAAAGCAAACAACAUAUCACACAUAGCUGAAGAUGCUUUCACAGGUUUUGGCGAUUCGAUCACGUUUUUGAAUUUGCAAAAAAACGAUAUUAAAACGUUACCGAUGAUGGCGUUCGAAAACUUGAAUUCUUUGGAAAUAUUAAACCUACAAAACAACAAACUGACGCGAGUGCCGGAAGAAGCGCUCGAGGCAAUUGUAGACACCGCAACUGUUAUUGAUAUUAUGGAUAAUCCGCUGAUUUGUGACUGUGACUUGCGCUGGUACAGGGAUUGGCUAAAAGAGUUACGUCACCGAGACGACGACGAUAUCAUACAGAAGAAACACAUACUCUGCCUGAUGGAAGAAGAACACAGGGAGUUCAGUGUCUUGAAUUUGCCAGUGGAAAGGAUGAACUGCGUGGGCAAAAAAUACUCGUCGUCAGCCAACGGGGUCGGUGAAGCUAGAGUCCUGUCCCGCAUCCUGAUAAUUGUCGUUUUUGCCAUACACCAAUUCAAAUAAGCACACUAGCGCACACACACACUACACACACACACACACACACACACACACACACACACACACACACACACACGCUUACACUCUGCAAAUACACACAAGCUAUCUAACACAUAGAUCAUACAUAUAUGUUAUUAUUUAUUAUAGCACACGCCUACAACAGCCAUGACCUCACAACUUGCGUUGAUAUUAAAUAAAUAUAUCAAAUAUGCCAGUGUGCUAAGACCGGUGCCUAUAAUAUUGUAGGUACCUACUUAUGAAUGUUCAAAAACGCAAUAAUAACUCAUUACCAGUUACUACUCUAAUAGUGCCUCAACUACAGAAAACGAUCGGACGGAGAGCGUUAAAAUUCGCGGUGUUUAGACCUGCUCUCGUCGCAUGAUAUUAUUUUUUUGUUUUUAUUUAUUUAUUGUUCUUCGUCUUUAAGAAAAAAAAUAAAAACGAAACGACGCACCUCGACGACAGCCAUUGUUAUUGGUGCGGUACACUGUUACGAUACGAUAAACUUCAUAUCGAUAUCGAACCAACACAACAGGACAGUCGUACAAUGCGUUUUCGAUUUACACAAUAUAAUAAUAUCACAUACACUCACGUGUUUGUAUAUUCUUUAUUUUUUAUUUUUUAUGAAUAUUUUUCGUUUAUCGUUCUAUCAAUUUGGCCAACGAACGUUGGACCUUUUGCCGACAACAUAUCAACCACAUAUCAUCCGUAUCAUAUUUAAGCAUAUAUAAUAUAUUAAAUAGUUAAUAAUAAUUUAAUCGUAACACAAUAAUAUAUUAAUAAUAAUAUUAUAUAUUAUCGUCGUAGCACAAAAAAUGUGUAGCGCUACUCAUAGACACGCGUGUGCUAUUUCGAGUCCAGUUCAGUUUACGUAAAGUACUUUUUUGUUUUUCAGCGGAAACAUUAUUCGCUUUUCAAAUAUCUACCCCUUGAGCGUGUUGUUUACAAUUUUAUAAUUUACAUUAUAAUGUCGCAAUGUAGAGUGGACAACACAAGCAUGCACCACUCGGACACCGCGGUGAUAGCCGUUAGGUAAAACAGUAUGUGUAGGUACCUAGGUAAAACGAUUAGGACACGCUCCGAGAAUUCAUCGAUCGUUUUCGACUACAGUGACGUCGAAUGCAUUAUACAACAGCGUAUAGCGCUAUGGUAAUUAUUUUUAAUUUAAAAUUAUAACCGUGGAAAAAACCCAUCCAACAAACACAGAACACGAAACCUUCAACUUAAUCGUCAAGUUUUUAUUUUUUUUUUUUUUGUUCUUCCAUCGUUAUAAUAUCAUCGUCAAAUUGUACGACCCUACACACAAUAUAACACACGUGCAUGUACCACCAGCUACUUGUUGUAUGUCCAUAUGAUUAUCGUCGGGCUGUUAGUUUACGAACGUCACUAUUGAGGAUUACAACCAUCCGUUGGGAAUAUUCAAACGUAGGCGGGGAUUCAAAAUGGUCUGCAAUCCAACAACGAAAAUUCAACAUUUUUGUCGUAUAGGUUACCGACCCAUCAUAUAUAUUAUAUACUAGGAAGUAGGCAGCCCAUAGACCUCAUACUAUAAUAGACAAGAAAUUUGAAUUUAAAAUUUGAAUGACAAAGGCGUUAAGAUUUAAGACAAGCGUAAAAACAUCGCAAUUAUUUAGUCCCCUUUAACACCACCAGGUGUACUAAUGCAAAUUAUCGUACGCUUAAUGCACACAUAAUCAAUGGUUUUAUUUGCACUAUUAAAUUUCUCGCAGCGUCGUCCGUUUCAGAAGUAAAAAAAAAAUUAAAUAUUUACUUAAAACAAAUUGACUUUAUUAAUUAAAAAUUUACAACAAAGUGUGAC